UUCACAAUUUGCCUGUGAGACUGCGAGGAGAAUGAAUGGUCAUGUAAAGAAUAUGCACUUUCAAAAGUUUAUGGAAUCAGCAGCAACAUUGUUCUCUUUCCUGCUGCUUAUGACUGCUAAUUCAACAAAAACUGUGGCAGCAAGCAGAAACCAGCAGUGUGAGAUAACACUGCAAACCUGGAAGCUCACCAAGCUUGCCCAGAAGGAAUCUGUUGAUCUAAUCAAAACAUAUAAAGCCUCUCAAGGAGAGAUGUCUGAGCUUUUCUGCAAGGUGUCAGUAAACAACAUCCCUGACCCCAACAUCUCCGGGCUGGAACUCUCAGACAGGAUAGCAAGCAUCUAUGCACAUCUUCAAGCCUUUUUCCCACAUUUCAAGCGAGUGUAUGAGCAGCAGACGGACUUACAGUCCCCCACAAGCCCACUUCUGACUGAACUCAUUCGUCUUAGAGAUCGCAGCAGGAGCCUAGCUUACCGCAUAUCCGAUCUGUAUCACAACCUAUUCCCCAACUUGCCCCUACCAGAACCUGCUGGUGGGCCAACAACACUACCUCCACCUCAGAAUGUGUUCCAGCAGAAGGUUUACGGCUGUGCGGUCCUGAAUACAUACAAGGACUUACUGUCAAACAUUUUCUUAGACUUGAGGACUCUAAAAAGAAAAGUCUGCAGAAGAAGGAUAUAUAUGAAUGUAUUCUUCUGAAAAAGGAAAAGAUGAGCCUUAUGGCUGUCACUGUUCAGCAGCACUUUGCUCACUAAAUUGUUAGAGACUUAAAAAAAUAAGUGAGUAUAAAGGUGGGAGGUACAUCAGUGUGAUCAAGCCUAUUUAUGGUAUUUAAUAUUUAUUUUCUUAAAUGUUUCUAUUUGAGAGGUACUGAUGAAAGAGUACAGAGAUGCCUUCAUGCUGUUUUUGUGUACUUAAUGUGUUAUGUAAUGUUCUAAGAUGUAAACUAAUUUCUGAAUGCUGCAGUCUGAACUGUUUGUUUAUCACCGCUGAUUUAUUUGCAUCAGUAAGAUGCAACCGGACAAAUUUAUAAAGAAAAUCAUCCAAGAUGUACCUUCUUAUUUGUCACACUCCGCUUAAAUAAAAAUAUAUUUCUUCAACUUUAA